UGACCGUCGCACUGGAGCGCCGCUUUUUUAGACGCCGUGUCAAGUUUAAAAUAACUUAAACUGUUAAAAACGUGUCUCAAGACACCUGCGUUCUGCUCUAUUCGUGGCGCGGCGUCUCGCCUUUUUAGCGCAAGUACGCGUUCGGUCUGAACAGCCCCUUAAAACUACUUAAACUGUUCAAAACGCGUCUCGAGACACCUGCGUUCUGCUCUAUUCGUGGCGCGACGUCUCGCCUUUUUAGCGCAAGUACGUGUUCGGUCUGAACGACCCCAUACUUGAACUAGCCUAGUAGCUUUUAGCGUUAGGACGUGUUCGGUCUAAACGGCCCUUAAAACUACAUCAAGUGUUAAAAACACGUCUCGAGACACCUGCGUUCGCUCUAUUCGUGGCGUCUCGCCUUUUUAGCACAAGGACGUUUCGGUGUGAACGACCCCUUAAAACGAAUUGAACUAGUUGUUUUUAGCGCAAGGACGUGUUCGGUCUUAACGGCCCCUUAAAACUAGGCUACUUUAACUAGUAGUUUUUACGGUUAUAACGUGUUCGGUCUGAACGGCCCCUUAAAACUACCUCGACUGUUAAAAACGCGCCUCGAGACACCUGCGUUCGCUCUAUUCGUGGCGCUGCGUCUAACUGUAGUUCUUUUCUUUUCUUUUUUUUAGCGUAAAGACGUGUUCGGUGUGAACGGCACCAAACACAUUAAUCGCUGGCAGUCAAUUAUACAAUUUAUACGACAAACAAACGUGAACGGACGGAUCGUUCUUUGAAUCGUCUCCCAUCCCAGCAUUUCGACUCACGGAUACGUUCGCGCCGUUUGCCUAAUUCCUUUGUGCCAACUUUGCGAUGAACGACGACGCCUGAAUUGCCGGUAGCUGCAGGAGCCUAAUUCGACUGGUGAAUUUAGAUUAAGAAGGGACUGAUUUUGAUGGCUUCACCCUUUAGAAAGAGGAAUAGACGAAGGGAUACAUGGGUGACGAUGUCCUCAACUUUCUGGCUUGCACUGAUGUUGACCGGUCUACUGACCCUGUACUGCGGUCAGUUGGUGGCAGGUACAUGUGAAAUCGUGACCCUGGACAGGGACAGCAGUCAGCCAAGGAGGACCAUUGCCCGACAGACAGCCAGGUGUGCCUGCAGGAAGGGCCAGAUUGCCGGCACUACCAGAGCCAGUCCAGCAUGUGUUGAUGUGCAUAUUGUGAGGAACAGACAGUGGUGUGAGAUGAUGCCGUGUUUGGAUGAUGAAGGCUGUGGCCUGCUGAUAAACAGAACAGGCUGGACAUGUGCACAGCCGGGAGGCCGAGUAAAAACCACCACAGUAUCCUGACGCCAGUGGGGGGCGAUUUUCCCAAGAGAGGUGCCACAUUUGGAAGCACCUCUUCAUUCUCCAAAACAACAGCUGGACGGGGGAGUGGAGCAUUCAUCAUAGUCGUGUUAGCCCUGUCUGUCAGUCUCUCCAUUAGUCCUUCAGUCUCAUAAGUAAAGGGGUGAGGACCUCUCGCUAUGGAGUUUAUACACUGACCAUGAGGAAUGGAUCCCCCCUCCUCCUACAUGGCCGAUGUUUUGUUUGCCAAUGCCGAAUCUGGAAAAUUAUCAGUAAAAUGACGGACAUUGACGGACACAAAAUAGUUUAUGAAUCGAACCUGCUUUGGCUCAAUCAAUGUGUGGGGAUCUAUCAACAUUUUACAGACCAAAGAAAUAUGGAAAAACUAUUUCUGUGGAAGGAUUUCCAGUACAAAUCAGCUACUUCUGCUUUGAAAAACGCAAGUAAAAACGCACACAUACCUGAGCUUUGUAAGGAGUUUUCCCAAUUGAGCACACUUAAAUGGACAACAAAAGACUUCUACAAUAAAACUGAGUUGUCUGUUGACUUUUCUUCAUUUGUAGAUCUGCUGCCAUUGUUGUGAAAUGAACUGAAAUCAGCUAGGAUUUGGAAAUGUGGUUUAGCAUGGCAGGUGAUCUAACAAACAGAACAUUAUCCACCUGACCCAAAGAGACUAUAGCAGAGACUGGAAUACACUUCUGCUUUGGAAGAGACCAUCCUAUGUAUUUUCAGAGUCAUAAAGUUAUAUAUAUUUAACAGUUUUAUAUGAUGUAUCUUUGUAGUGAACCUUAUUUAACACUGACAAUGUGAUCCUAUUCAUAAAGGGUGGCUUGAAAAA